AUGGGGAGGAAAAACCUUCUCUUGGCUAUGUGUAUGAAGGUAUGCAAAGGGCGAAAAAUGUCAUCAAGGAGAUGUAUCACAAGAAGCCAUCUUAUGAUCUUAUUGAUUAUGAAUGUAUUGAUCAAGUUGAAUUUUGGGUUGCUAAGGAAGAAGUGCAUGGUGAGCUUGAUAUAGAUGAACUUGAAAAUGAUUUGUAUCAUUUCAAUGGAUUUCUGAUUUGUAUCAUUCCAGUGAUGAAAAAUAUUGAAUCUUCCGUGUUUCAUUAUGAAUAUAUUGAUCAAGUUGAAUUUUGGGUUGCUGAGGAAGAAGUGCAUGGUGAGCUUGAUAUAGAUGAACUUGAAAAUGAUAUGUAUCAUUUCAAUGGAUUUCCGAUCUAUAUCAUUCUAUCCAAUU